UCUCUCUCUCACACACACACACACUCUCGCGUUCUCUCUCCGAUCACCAUUUACACCAUAAAGAAACCCCCCAAGAAAUCACAAAGAAAAACAAAGAACCAUCGAAUCACCGUCGAUCUUGUAAAUUAGAAAAAAUUAAUAUGAACAUUCUGCAACAUCCAGACGCCAUGAACGCACCGGAGCUUCAUAUAUGGAACAACAUCGCCUUCGACAACAACGACGAAUCCGAACUCUCCGCCGCCAUUAAAGCUUCCUGGUCGAGUCUUCACCGAUCUUCGGAGUCGCUCCAGUCUGAUUGCAGCAAAGAGAAUCUGAGCCCCGAGUUUGCGAAAACACCAAUCUCCGUCAAAUCCUCGGCGCCUACUAAGCCUCUUCAGCCGAACAGCAUGGUCGUCAACUCGCAAGCGAAGCCGCCAAAGCUUCUCUUCAAAGAGGGCCUUCUUCUUGGAGGUGAAAAUCAAGAAGAAGGCGAUAAGACUCGCGACGAGAAGAGGAUCGAUUCGGAGAUUGCGGAGAUCGAGCAGGAGAUCAGUCGCUUGUCGUCGAGACUCGAAGCGCUUCGUCUCGAAAAGGCCGAACGGAAUGCGAAGACGAUCGAAAGGCGAGGGCGAAUCGUGCAGGCAAAAUUCUUGGAUCCGCCGCCGAAACAGAGUGUGAAGAUUGAGGAGAAUUUGCCUCCGAGUAGUACAAAAACGAAGUUGAAUCGCCGAGGGCUAAGUUUGGGGCCGUCGGAGAUUGUCGCCGGCGCCGGGUUACGCCGAUUAAGCAAGCUCGAAAUCACCCCUGUUCAGGCGAUACAGAAUCGCCGAAAGUCUUGUUUUUGGAAGCUCCAAGAUGUUGAUGAACUGAGGGCGACGAAAGAGAGAGGGAAAAGCUUGAGUCUCAGCCCCAAAGCACGAAAAACCGUGUCGAAGACUCAGCCUCCGAAACAACCGGCCACGACGGCGUGUUCUUCCAAGAGGAUUGUGAAGAAGGAAGAGGCGAUUCUCUCAGCGAUUCAGCCAAAGAAGCUUUUCAAAGAGGGAGAGAAGUCGGUGACUGCGAAGAAGCCGAUGAGGCCAGGAAGGGUCGUGGCGAGCCGGUACAAUUCGGGGAUGAGCGACGGUCGGAAAAGAUCACUUCCUGAGGAUGACAAGGACGGCGGCGGCGGGAAGCGGUGCGAGAAGAAACGUGCGUCGUUGGUGGGGAAACAGAGAGGGGAUGUUAGUGGCCGAAGUCAGGGUGCUGAGAGCAGAGUGAAGAAGAAAUGGGAGAUUCCAAGCGAAGUUGUGGUGUUUAGAAGCUUGGAGGACGAGGAGGCAGAGAAGUCGCCAUUGCCAGUGGCGGAGAUCGGAGAUGUGCUUCCGAGGAUUAGGACUUUCCGGUGUGUUAAUGAGAGUCCGAGAAAUUCCGGGCCGGCAAAGAGGGUGGCUGAGUUGGUUGGGAGGAGGUCCUACUUUUGCUCCAAUGAGGAGGUUUGUCAGGCACUGAGUUUUGGUGAAGAAGAGGAUGCUGUGGAGAAAUAGAAAUGAAAGAAACAUGAGGCAAAAUUGUUGAGGAUUGAUUCUCCAUAUAGAGGAUUUGGUUAAAUUUUGGGUUGCUUCUUGUUAUGAUCCAUCCAUAACUCUUGUUAUGGAGUAGAAACUAUAAGGCUUUUUUUGUUAAGUUCAUUGUUUGAGAGCUUGCCUUUCUUCUA